ACACGCUCUUUGUAGGCCAACAUCCAGAACUACAAGCGAAGUGAAGAGGUACUAGCGAGAGAGAUUCUCUGCCAGUGUUAAUUAGUACCUUAUGCUAGAUCUAAUAAAAUGAAAUGGGGUGUCUGGAUGGGCUGAGUUGUAAGUAUCUGGAGGAAUGCAAAUGCAGACAGGAUGUACCGUCUUCUGGGAACAUUGUAGAGAGGAUUCAGGUGGCUUGAUCUGAAAUUUAUGAUUCUGUGAUCUAGUGGGAUGCCUGAGGGCACGUGAUGGGAAUAAAUAAAGCUGGAGCCUCCCUCUGGGACCGUCUCAGGAAUGGGCCCCAGGAUGUUCCAUUUGCUUCUGCUGAGCAUAUUCACAGUGCUCUUCAUGGAUGAAGGAGACAGAGUCCUGACAUCGAAAUUCAUUCGAUUUUGCUAUCAGUGUGCCCACUUUAAUGGAUACAGAUGCCUCACUGGCUUGAGAAGGUGCUGGAAGAUCAACCUAACAGUUUACAACAGGAGUUGUUCCAUAGAUCACUACUACUAUAGUGAUCGAAUUACAGAUGGAACUCCUACAAUGCUUGGUGACCAUCUGGUUUUCCUACUUCAGUGAGAAAGGAAUCUCCUCACAUCCUCGCCACUCACUCGUUUUAGGACUUACAUGCACAACAGACAACAGACUAUUCAAACAACUCUGAAAGAAAUUCUGUCAUCAGCUGAAAGAGCCAUCAACUUUAUCCAAA